UGACAAUGACGCAUACAGCCUCUUUGCUAGAUAAAGCUUAGCUUUACAUUUUAGUUUGUAAAAUGCAGAGCUCGAGUGUUGUCGUUCUUGGUAGUGCCAUACUGCUGUACGGUUUGAGCUGGCCAUGCGACGCACGGGGCUCAGACGCUUACGGCCUGGACUCGGGGCUGAGCAACUACAGCUUCCCUGACAACUUCAUACUGGGGGUGUCCACGGCCGCUUUCCAGAUCGAAGGUGCUUGGAAUGAAGGAGGCCGCGGCGAGAGCAUAUGGGACAAGUUCCUGCACGAGCACCCGACCUACACGCCGGACAACUCGUCGGCGGACGUGGCGGCGGACUCGUACCACCGCUUCAAGGAUGACGUGCGCAUCAUACGGGAUCUGGGCGUGUCGACUUAUAGGCUGUCGAUCUCUUGGAGCAGGAUACUUCCAAACGGCACUGACAACUACAUAAACGCCGAAGGGGUCCAGUACUACCGGAACCUAUUCGACGAGCUCGUCAAGUACAACAUUACACCAAUGGUGACCCUAUUUCACUGGGACCUGCCGCAAAUGUUCAUGGACCUCGGCGGAUGGACCAAUCCCGAGAUGGUGGAUUAUUUUGAGGACUACGCGAGAGUCGCGUUUAAUCUGUUCGGGGAUGUCGUGAAGAUAUGGACGACCAUUAAUGAGCCGCAUCAGCAUUGUUAUAAUGGCUACGGCACAGAUUACUUCGCACCCGCACUAGAAUCAUACGGGGUGGGCGAAUACCUGUGCGACCACUACAUACUUCUAGCGCAUGCUAGAGUGUACCAUCUGUAUGAUAGGGAGUUCCGACCGAAGUACAAAGGAAAAAUUGGGAUCACUCUAGACGCUUUCUGGGCCGAUCCCCUCGACCCCACAAAGGAAGAAGACCGAGAGGCAGCUGAAAGAUACAUGAUGAUGAAUCUAGCCCGCUACGCGCACCCCAUCUACUCGGCGGAGGGCGACUACCCGGCCGUGGUGCGCGCGCGCAUCAACACCAUCAGCCUGCUGCAGGGCUUCCCGCGCUCGCGCCUGCCGUACUUCACGGCUCAGGAGAUAGAGGACCUCCGUGGCUCCUCCGACUUCUUCGGUCUGAACCACUACACCACGUUCCUGAUGACCCCGUCCCGCAUGGAGAAGGGCUGGCGGGUGCCGUCUAGUGACCACGACACCGGCGUGCGGCUCUCGCAGAACCCGGCCUGGCCGAAACCGGGCGCCGAGUGGUUUUCUGUUUACCCUCCAGGUUUCAGGAAGACAAUCAACUGGAUAACCCAAAAAUACGGGACAAAGGUCCCUAUAAUAGUGACAGAGAACGGCCUGAGCGACUUCGGGGGAAUAAAGGACUACGCCAGAGUGUCGUACUUCAACAAGUAUAUGUACCAGAUGUUGCUGGCGAUGUACGAAGAUGGCUGCAACGUGCAGGGGUACUUUGCCUGGACGCUCAUGGAUGACUUCGAAUGGAAGGAUGGCUAUGUGUCCAAGUUCGGUAUCUACCACGUGGACUUCACCUCCCCGGACAGGACUCGAACCCCCAAGCUGUCUGCUCUCAACUACCGCGAGAUCGUCAGGACCAGGCGGAUCAACUUCGACUACAUUGUGCCACCUAAGACCGCCUCUUCUAACCAUAUUUAGGAGUGUAGGAAAGUAUGAUCGGGGGUAUAGAAGCCUGACGCUUCUAGGAGUGACUAUUUUUUGACAGGGUCAGGUUUCUAUGUCCCAUACUGUGCAUGGGAAACCCGAGUCACGGAGUAAUUUGAAAUUUUCUGUAUGUAUAUUGUCAAAGCUAAGUAGAAAUUUACAGUACAAUACGUAGAUUUAAGGUAGAGUUUUAUUUAAAGUUCCUUCGUGAAACUCAGCGUUGGACAAUGGCUUGACGUGGAAAACCGAGGAUGGAUAGAGUGUUGUGGCGAUCCUUGGGAUAGUUAGUAUGUACAAGAAAUUUACAGGGAUAUACCUACCAUAGAUUUUGGAAUUGAUAAUGAUGAAAAUUAUGAAGUACCUUGAUCAAAUAGGUACUAUAAUAUAAUAUUUAUGUAUAAUCUAAGUCAGUAAAAUAGUAAACUUAAUUAAUAAGUGUUUAGGACCCAUAAUUAUGUUCUUCGAUAAGAGAUAUUUUUUUCAAUAU